UCCCUUCCCUCGGCUUCCUCCUCUACUAUACCGCCAUAUUAUUUUCAGAGUUAGUGAAGAUAGUUAUUGAGUGAUUACACAAAUUCUCUGCAUUUAGUAUUCAAUCAGAUCAAAAGUGUUUUCUGCCUCAACCGGCAUGAGUUACUCUGGAUAUAAAAGCUCCUCCCGUGGAAGUCGAGGCUUCAUACGAGGUGGUUACCGAGGGUCAAGCCGUGGUGGUGGUGGUGGUGAAGGUGGUAGCUGGAGAGGAGGUGGCACUCGAGGGGGUUAUAUCAGCUCUAGUCGAGGUAGCGGUCGAGGCAGCCGCUUCUCCAGUGGUGCUAGCAAGUGGGACAGGGAAGCUUCCUCAGGAUCGUACGAAUCACGAUCCAGAUACAAUUCAGGCGGAGACCGCUAUUCCAGUCAUGGCCGUGAAGAUAGCUCCUAUCGCUACCGUGGUGAUGAUAGCCUAAGCAGCUACACUAGCCGAGACCACUCCCAUCGCUCUUCCUCACCUGACCGUAAACGAAUCAGAACAGAAUAUGUUCCUGCAUCUUCUAUGCACCGUAGCCACGAUUAUGGUGAUGUCAAUGAGUACUCAUCCCGUAGCUAUGGGGGCUACGAAAGCAAGAGGAUUAGUAGCUAUGGUGGAGGCGAUGAGAGAAGAAGCUUGUUCAGAGAAGAGCGUGAACGGAUUCGCUCUGAUGAUUACCAGUUCAGGAAACCAAUCAGUAUUGGGAGCCCCCGCCACUCCACUCCGAGAGGCAUGUCGUAUCGAGGCCGUACCUUCUCCAGGGGUAUAAGGAGUGGAUUCAGAAGACCUCCAAUGUCCUACAGAGGCGGACCAGGGGGUUUCUUGAGAAAACGUAGUCUGAUGGAAAGCUAUGGCAUCCGGAAAAGGAUUGUCACUAACAAGACGCAAGAAUAUUUGCGUCGCCUCAAAAUGUUAAGAAUCCAGAGUUUGAGGAGACGAGCUGCUGGUAAGGGCAGUGAUGAUGAGGACGACGAGGAUGAAGAUGAUGAUGAGGAUGAUGAGGAAGUGGAGGAGGUCGAAGAGGAAGAAGAGGUGGAAGAGGAGGUGACUGAUGAUGAAAAUGAAGAAGCAGAUCAAGAAGGUGACAAAGAAGAUAAGGAGAAAAAGGAAACUGAAAAUGAAGAUGAAGAGGGAGGUGAAGAGAAAAAGGAUGAGCCAGAAAAGAAAAAGAAAAAAGUAAAGAAAGUGGUGAAAGUUAUUAAAAAGGUAGUAAAACGCAAGAUUCCUAAGAGGAAAAGUAGUGAAAAAGAUAAGGGCGAUAACAGUGAUGGAAAAGACAUUCAUGUUACUGUAAAACAGGACUCAGAGGGGCGUGAUGUGGAUACAACAGUAAGGAAGAACUAUCUUGGACAACCCUUCAUGAAACUGGAGUGUCCACACUGUCAUACCAAUUGCAUUACUUUCAAAGACUAUAUGGUUCACCUGUAUUCAUCCAAGCAUCAGGCAGCCAUGACCAGUUUAACCCUGAAAGUCCGUAAGGCACUUGCUAAAAUGAGACUAGAACAACGAACUGAACAGAGAGAUCUUGAUGAGGAGUGCAAAUUGAAGAAGAUGAACAUGAGACCUUUCUUCUGUUUGAUCUGCAAGCUCAACUAUCGGUCACUGAAGUCAGAGCACUUAGAGUCUGAUAAGCACAUUGAAAUGAAGAACUUUCUAAACCCAUCCUGCAAGAUUUGCCAUAUCAACUUCAGAAGCCCGAUGAUGUAUGAAAAUCAUCUUUGUUCAUUGGUUCAUCUCAAGAGGAAGCAUUACUUUGACAAGAAGAAUGCGGAGAAACAAGAGGGCAACGAGCUGGAUAUGGACAAAUACAUGAUUCUGGAUCAAGUGGGUUCUGGAGAGGAAGAAGAAUCAGACUCUGAGACGUCUGGAAAAGAUGAAAAGGAAAAAGAAGACAAAGAAGGUGAAGAAAAUGCUGGCGAAGAGGGAGAGAAGGAUGCUACUGAACAGAAACCUAAGAAGAAGAAAAAGAAGAAGGCAAUCAAUCUAGGAAGUGAAUACUGUAAGAAGAUUGAAAUUUACUUUUGUGAUCUAUGCAAGUCAUUCUUGCCUCGUUUAGAGGAUCAAGAGCAAGCUCUUGCUGUUCACUGUAGGGGAAGUAGCCAUUUACGCCGGUAUGUAAAGAAGAAAGAUGACAUGGCAUUGAGAAUACGUGCUGAGAGAAUACAUCGCUUAAGAGAGGAACAGAGAAAGGCAUUAAAGAAGGAAGAGGAAAAAGAAGAUGAGACAAUGGUUGUAGAUCCUCCAGAGGAUGAAUCGAAAACUGAGGAAGGUGAGAAAAAGUCACCAGGUAAAACUGGUGAGGGAGCAGUUCGUGAACCAGGGAUGGAUGACAAAACUUGGACAGAAGUAAGCAAAGAGCUCGGAGUCUUGUUGAUGGAAGUUGAGGAACCAGGAAACAAGUCUUCCGAUGAUGAGGAGGAUUCAAGAGCUGCAGGACGUCGAUAUGACAGAUUCAAACAUUCAGAGAAAGGGAAAACUGAAACUGUGGGUGAAAAUGAAAUGAUAACAAAAUCCGUUGAAGAAAAGAGCGCUAAGGCUGAGGUGGUUAAUGGUGGCAAAGACUCCGCUUAAAAAUAUUAUGCUGUAAUUUUUUUAUUAGGAAUUUAUUAUCACAGAAUAUUGAAGUCGAUUAAUAUAAUAUUCAUUGCAACUAUCGUUCUUAAAAAUGUGUAUUGCAUUCCAAAAGAUGAAAAUUUAUAGAGAAUUUUAUAGUGUUUAUUUCUAUUAUUGACUUAAGUUGUGUAUAUGUAGUACAUUUUACUUUAAGUGUUACUAGUACAUUAAGUACAAAUUAAACGUUUCUCUGGAAAGAAUUAUAUAGAAUGAAAAAACCACAAAUGUUUGAAAUUUUACUUAGUGGCCAUUCUAUUCUUGAUGUGAAAAUAAAAAAGUUAGAAAUA